UUACUUCUUCCAAACUGUGAUGGAGGUACUGGUGGAAGGGGGAACAAGGCCCUUGGAGAUGCAGAUGCAUCAGACCCUGGUGCUGUGGUUCUUCCUGCAGUAUGAUGAGCACCAGUGCAUGGCAGAGGUGCCGACCAUCGUGAGAUCCAUGCACCAGUGCCUCACCUCCCACAUGGCUCCAGGGAUCACAAUGCACACCAACAUCUGCAGGCUCGCUGAGGCACACCCACGUGACGUGGUGAUGACUCUCCUGCGCUGUGCCCCAGAGUGUGACAGAGCUGCUACAAUGAUGUGGAGAAGCAUCGGCUCCUCAGGAACAACAGUGGAGAAGGUGCUGCCAGUACUGCUCCACGUGAUGGAGGAUUGGCCAGUGCACGGAAUGUCCACCUCCGAUGGUGACAGCAGAGAUGUCUUUGCCGUGACUGCAACCCUGGCACUGUGGCUGAUCAUCCAGGAGCCCAAGUGCCAGGAUGCACUCAUGAAUUACGUCCCCCGCCUGCUCGGGGCUCUGCUGUUCCAAGUGUCCAUGAGCACAGAGCAGGUGCCAGAAGAGGUGAACAGCUUCUGGAGGGGAUGCCUGGAGGAACAUCACCUUCCCACCCAGCCCAACAGGUUUUUGGUCCAGACCAUCAAGGCCCUGCUGUGCCGGCUGCAGUGGGACAAUGAGGUGGUGUCAGUGGAGCGCAAGUGUGGCUGGGACACGCUCCUCUGUGCUGACACCCAGCACUAUGCAGUGGGGCUGCUGGCCAGGGAGAUGCGCCACGUCUUGGUCCCUUUCUAUUCCCUCAUGGCAAUCCACCUGCUGGGGCUGCUCAGCACUGAACACCCUCGUUGGGAGCUGCCUGCCCUGGCCUUCCUUGUGGAGGUCCUGGACUUCCUGGACGAGAGUAAAUGUCGUAACAGGGUCCUGCCCAUCCUGUUGAGGAACCUGCAGAGCCAGUGCCCAGAGAGGCAGCGCCUGGCACUCAGAGGCCUCCUGGUGCUUGCUGUGGAUCCCUCAAUGGCCGAAAGCAUCUGCAGCCUGUCCCAACAUCUCCUGGAGCUGCUGCGUGAUGCAGAUGGAGAGCUGGUCGUGAUGACCCUCUCUGUGUUUGAGAGUGUGCUCCGGGAUGAAGAUAUUCGGGUAUUCAUCUCCACUGCCCCCAAGCUGGCUGAGGCGCUCCGGCCACUCUUUGACCAUGACAACACCAACGUGCAGCUGCUCUCCAUUCGCCUCUUCCGAGAGCUGAUGGAGGUGCUGGCAGAAGAGGGAACACAGCUCUUGGAGACUCAGGUGCACCAGAGCCUGGUCCCACUCUUCAUCCAUGGGCAUGACGAGAACCAGUGCGUGGCAGAGGCCUCUCGGGAAGUGCUGCUUUGCGCUGCAAGGUUCCUCAAGAGAAGGGACCUGGAGAAGCUGCUGAGGAAAGAGCAGCACUUCAAGUUCUGUGAUUGCCUGAUGGACAAGGACGUGAGCCGAAGGGACGAGCACCUGCACCAGGCCCUGCCCUACCUCCAGAGCCCACAGCAGCCCCUGCGAGAGGCGGCCGUCAGGUUCAUGGGGAUUGCUGCCUGGCACAUGCAAGACCUGCAGCUCCUCAUGAGGGCCUUUGAAGCCAUCAGCCAAGACGACUGCCCGUCCUACUGCACCAUGCGGACUGAAUUCUUGUCCGCUUUCAGACGGGCAGUAACAAAGUAAUCUCCAGCCAGACAACCUGCGUCCCUCCAACAGCACCGGAAGACCAAGGGACGAGACCACUUCUCAGCGGAGCUGGAGAUUCAGCUGAUGCUGGGCCCAACUGAGCCAGCCGGCAAGGCCAGGCAGCUCCUGGCCUGCCCAUCUCUACGGACAGCCCCUUCCCUUCCCAAACCUUCCCAAACCUUCCCUUCCCUUCCCAAACCAUCCCAAUCCUUCCCAAACCUUCUCUUCCCUUCCCAAACCAUCCCAAACAUUCCCAAACCUUCUCUUCACUUCCCAAACCUCCCCUCCCCUUCCUUUCCUUUCCCUUCCCAAACCUUCCCUUCCCUUCCCUUCCCAAACCAUCCCAAACAUUCCCAAACAUUCCCUUUCCUUCCCAAACCAUCCCAAACAUUCCCAAACCUUCUCUUCCCUUCCCAAACCAUCCCAAACAUUCCCAAACCUUCCCUUUCCUUCCCAAACCUACUCCUGCCCACACUUCAUCCCU